AUGUCUAUCUCGGAUGGCUUGAGGACAGGUUUGCCUCAGGCACUGGAGUUUCUCACUGAGAUGACCAUGAAGGUGUGGAGAUGUAGCUGCCCUCAGAAAGCAUUGCCUGCUGUACUGCAAUCCUGUUUGUCUUAUUCUUUGACUGCUAGACUGGCCCCAAAAUGGAAUAAAGCUGGCCAAUAUCUUAUUGCAGGAAAGGACUUUCUCAAUCACUCUGAUAAACUAAAUGCAGUUGUUCUGGAGCUAAGCAUCACAGAGACUCAGCUAUGUGUCAGUGUGGAGGCCAACAAAGUUAGACUUCCCCCAGCUGUGAUAAAGGAUUUUAAUUUUCCUACUCCUGUGGUGGAAAACUUCCAGGACACUUAUGAUGCUGUGCUUUAUACAACCAUGCCAAAUAACUGGUGCCACGUACUACCAAGUAUGAAGAAAGGUCAGCUCAUCAGUAUCAGUCACAGAAUUCCACAGGAAUGUCCAUUCCAAUCAUACUCAGAAUUCCAGAGGCAUUGGAAUAGCAUGUAUGGAUACCAACUUCCAUCAGAAAGUGAAGAAAAAGUGAUCUACUGCAGUCUGUACUUCAAGCCAAUAGGUGACAAGCUGUUCACAUACCCAAUGUGCUGUAUCCGCACUCAGCCAGUACAGUGUUUUCCCAGAGUGGACCUGCAGGGGGUGCUGAGCACCUUCAUAUCAGAUCUGCAGACUGGACUGGAAAGUGUUUGUGGUUUUCCAAUACAGAUGUCCAACAAGCCUUGCUACUACAACAAUGAUCUGGUCAGACCAGUCUCUGAGUACUCUGGAACCCUGCCUGUAAAUUUAACAACAGACAACAGGAUCAGCACUGUGCUAAACCAUACACCCCUCAGCAGCCUACAUGACACAGCUGAACAUGACUCUUCUGGGAAACCAACUGAAGAGAAAAAACAUCCCAGUUUGGUGUCAUCUUUUGACCAAAAAACAUGGCCUUACCUCAACUCGAAAACUUCAUCCUCUCCCACACAUGUUAAUUUUACACAGAGCCAGUCACAGUCUGUGUUUCUGAGACCAAAACUUGUGCCAGUCUUCAGAAGCCAAUCACAAACCUGCCACAUAAAUGUGACAGAGAAACAGCAAAGGGGACUGGAUGGACAGAAGAAGCUGACAGCAGUUGUAAGCCCUCUGUCGUCUACCUGUCUGCAGUCGUCCAAGCUCCAGUGCUCUACACCUCCAAUCCAUUCCUUCCAGUUUUCCAGGCCAAACCCUGAUCGUGUGACCUUACCCUUUUUUAAGGGGCAGAUGGCCCACAGUGGAAUCACCAAAGUUCUUUCAAACCAGCCUUUUGUGCAGACACAUCCCCAAAUUUGUGAGAUCUCCAGUAAAAGAGGAGGAGACACUUUUGAGUCAAAACCAAAGAGACUCAAACCGAGUGUGCUGGAUGUGGAAGACUAUGCCAAAAGCAAUCAGCUCUCGAAGGUCAACUCCGUGACUCUGCAGUCGAGGGGUCAGCGUGUGCUCAAAGGUUAAGAAAGAGCAGCUAGUGUCAAAGGUUAUGCAAUGUCUGAGUGAAACUUUAGGCAGAGGAGCCACAUCUAGAAUGGAUGCCUAAGUGUUGGGUUACCGGAACACUACGCUAUAGUAAUCCCAAGCUAUAUCUUUCCAC